AUGGUGCUCGAACCUGCGAGAAGGCCUGUUUUGCGCCCGUGUGAGAGUCUUCUUUCUAUGCAGAGCAUGCUAAGUGCGUACGAGAUACGCAGCAUUUCCCUGGAGGAAGGCCUUUUCCCUGAGGCCCUGCUGGGGGAGAUAGAGGCCCAGCGAGAGCGGAUCCUGCGGGGCAUUUUUGCAUUUAAUGAGGCACGAAAAGAAAAAAACAAAAAACAAAAAAACCAUCCAGAAAGUGGGGCGAACCUGGAUGAGUUUCAGGCAGUGCGUGCGUGCAUGCGGGGGGUUCUUCUGGAGGUUGAGAAGCUGCAGGCCCUAACGGGGAACGGGUGCGUGCGGGAGUGCGGGCAGAUUAUUCGGGAGAUGGAGAAAGUCCAUGCAAAAAUCUGCGGGGUCUCGGGUUAUUCGGGGUUUUUGGGGAGAGCAGGUGCUAUUUCUGCGGUGUGUGCGGUAUUUGGGCUUGUGGGAGGGUACUUUUGCGCGUGCAAGUUCGGGGAUUUCACGCGGUGA